CCUGUCCUCCCCUCCUCCAGCACUGGCAGCUCCUGCCCCUUACUCUCGCUCACAGCUAAGUGCCUUUGCUCUCUAUUUCUCUCUUCCUCCUCUCUCCUUUUCAGUUAUUCUCAUUUAUUUCUAAGUCCCUUGAGUAGAUGCAGAGGCUGCAGUGCUGCUGAGAGACCCAGAGAAUCAGAUAGACUGGAAGAGGAAUGCAGAGAAAAAUUGUGUGUAAGAGAGAUGGAGCCUGACACACAAACAGGGACACAGAAGAACUGUCACAAACAGCUCUCACAGAGACCAUGAGGAGCCACAUAGUGACUGCAAGACGAGGAGGGAGACGGUGCAGCUAGUAGAGGCUGACAGGGGCUGAAGCAAGGAACUGUAGCAUGCUGUGUGCCACAUAAUCACCCAGAGAGAAGGCAGGAGGUGACAGAAAUAAUAUCCACAUCGUUCUUUUGUUUGAUUUCUGCACUCACAAAUCAGGGUCAUCACUUGAUUUCUGCAGCCUGCGCCAGAUAAUGCCUGUAACCCUAUUUGCCAUCUACAGAAAACCAACAUAUUUGCAUUCAGUUGUUGUAUUUGCAGUAUUUGAGUAAUCUCCAAGGUAGUUGCAUUUGCACAACCCAACGGUGACAUCUAUCUCCCACGCACUGGGAGACACACAGCAGCUCACUUGCCUCUGGAUCCCCCCUUUCCACCUGAAGAUAGCGCGACCUAAGCAUCUGUAACUCCCAUCUAUCCAGGAUCUACUAGCGCAGUGGUGGGGGGGGGGGGGCACUGGAUCAUAUAGCCACUGGGGCUUCUGAGCAGCACUAAUUAAUUUGGGAAAUCAAGCUCCAGGCUUGCAGGGAUACAUCUCCCGUUUCUCUAGAGCAAGGAACGAGGGGGGGGGGGGUGCAAAAAAAAUAGAAUCGCUUCCUGUUCCACCGCUAUUAUUCCUGGAAACUGACUUGAUCCUCGUCCCACUUAUAAAUCCAUCCUUGGGUAAAACUCAAAUAUCAUCAAGACUGAAUCUGCUUUUUUUAAAAAUUGAAAUAUUUUGAUGACUGGAUUAAUAUAGAGAGACCCCAUUCUGAAUAAGGUGGUUCAUCAAAACUUUCUUAAUGGCCUGUACCCUUUUAACCCUACCUAGAUUUCUAACACUGUAUCAGUGUCGCUGGGACCAAAGGCCCUUGUGAUUACAUAUCACUCUCACUCUUGAUAUGUCACGGCCAGGUGUCCUUUUGCCAGUCAACGGGCAUAACUUUGGUAGCCAGGGGGGCCCUCCUCGUGUUGUAGUCUGGGAGUGGCUGAAUGAACAUGGACGCUGGAGACCCUACACUGCUACUGUGUGUCACCACAUCGAGAAUGCCCUUCGAGAGGAUGGCCGGGGACGGGUGGCCUUAGGGCAAGUAGAUGCCCAGCUCACACCCUAUGUUAUCGACCUGCAAACUAUGCACCAAUAUCGUCAGGACACAGGAACAGUUCGGCCAGUGAGGCGCAAUUUUUUUGAGCCAUCCUCUGCCCCAGGGAAGGGCAUAGUUUGGGAGUGGGAAAAUGACGCGGGUUCCUGGACCCCUUAUGAUACAGAGAUCUGUAUUGCCAUCCAGAAUGCCUACGAGAAACAGCAUCCUUACCUGGACCUCACAACCCUUGGUUUCUGUUAUUUGGUUCAUUUCCAUAGCAUGUGCCAAGUCAACCGCCAGACCCACCGUAAGCGCAGGCUAAGGAGACGUAUGGACCUGGCAUAUCCACUCACCAUGGGUUCCAUACCAAAGUCCCAAUCUUGGCCUGUGGGAUCUGGCUCAGGAUUGCCCUGCUCAUGUCCUCAGUGCCUCCUUGUUAACAGCACUAGAGCAGCCUCCAAUGCCAUAUUGGCAUCUCAGAGGAUCAAAGUUCCACCUGGUCCUCCACCUGCCUUGCCUCCUCCACCCCCUCCCUCCAUACAUCCGCCUGGUUUGAGACAAAGCAAUACCUACAGUGGAGGAGCAGCAGGCUGGGGAAGAACAGGAGAAGGAGUGCGAUCUACAGGAGGUAUCAGAAAUGGCUCUGGAUUCUCCCGCAGUCAGAGUGUGCCAGGUGCAGCGCCAUAUCCAGGACAAAACAACCUUAACAGGCCAGGAGAACAGAGAACUAGUGGGAGCAGCAGCAGAGCAUCUAUUCCACCAGGCGUUCCUGCUCUCCCUGUGAAGAACCUUAAUGGUUCGGGUCCUGUACACCCAGCAUUGGCAGGAAUGACUGGUAUUUUAAUGUGUGCAGCUGGAUUACCUGUCUGCCUGACAAGAGCCCCCAAACCUAUUCUGCACCCUCCUCCUGUCAGCAAAGAGGACAUCAAACCUGUUAGUGGCAUUAGUGGCAUCUGUCGGAAAACUAAGAAGAAACACUUGAAAAAGAGUAAGAACCCAGAAGAGGUGGUGCGCAGAUACAUACAGAAAGUAAAGUCUCCUCCCGAUGAGGAUUGCACCAUUUGCAUGGAACGUCUGGUCACUGCAUCAGGUUAUGAUGGUGUUCUCAGUCAUAGAGGCAUUCGUGGUGAGCUGGUUGGAAAGCUUGGAAAGUGUAACCACAUGUACCAUGUGCUGUGCCUGGUGGCCAUGUAUAACAAUGGGAAUAAGGAUGGUAGCUUGCAGUGUCCAACUUGUAAAGCAAUUUAUGGAGAGAAGACAGGCACACAACCUCCAGGGAAGAUGGAAUUCCAUGUCAUCCCACACUCUCUGCCUGGUUACCCAGACUGUAAAACCAUACGCAUCGUAUAUGAUAUCCCAAGCGGCAUGCAGGGGCCUGAACAUCCUAACCCUGGCAAGAAGUUUACAGCCAGAGGAUUUCCACGACACUGCUAUCUACCAGAUAAUGAUAAGGGGAGAAAGGUAUUGCGACUCCUACUGGCAGCUUGGGAACGGCGCUUGAUAUUUGCCAUUGGUACCUCAAGCACGACAGGGGAAUCCAACACAGUUGUGUGGAAUGAGAUUCACCACAAGACGGAAUUUGGGUCCAACCUGACAGGCCAUGGUUACCCAGAUCCCAACUAUUUGGACAAUGUUUUGGCUGAACUUCAUCGUCAGGGCGUCAUGGAGGAGAGAUGCCUCCCAUACUGAUGAUGGCACUGGCAGUUACAUAGCUGUGCAUAUAAAAGCCAGCAGGUGCAUACCAUUGCCCAUCUGCAGGAGGGUGAUUUUCUGCACACCAGAAAAAUCCAGUUUUUUUCAGGUGCUGCAGUUCUGGAGAAACCUUUGUCACUAAAGGACAAAAUUCAGAGAAUCAUCACAAUAUGAUGCAGAACAUCACAUAAACCAAGUGGGGUGUGAAGACAAUGUCAAGAUGGCCUAAAAUCAGACACUGGCAGAGCAUAUGCACUUGUCCACAGUACACAGUGCUGCUAAGGAGGAAAGCAGAUGGCACACAGACAAAGGACUCAAGCCAACUGGCGCAGUGAGGAAGAGGGUUCUACAACAGAACAUUCCGAGGGGUGAAAAAUGAAUGAGUCCCAUAAUUAUAUAUUUAAAAAGCGGGUGCUAAGAACAUCCAGUGUUGGUUUUCAUCACAAUUGUCUCCAGCCAGGAAGUAAUAUUUUGGUCCUUGCAUCUAAGCUUCCUCCCACUUUAAAGCCCAGGCCCAGUAAAGCUCCUUCUGUCCUGCUGUCUGCAUGAUCUGAGAAUAUGUUUGAUGAAUCUGUGUUGAAAAGGACACUAAGCUUCAGAGGAGUAUGUAUAGCCACAGGACUGCUGUUCUGACCACUAUAUAUAAAAUACAGAGUGUUAGAAAUGAGCAAUAAGGCAUUCAUUUUAAACCCUUCCCCAAGAUCUGCACAAGGUUGUGAGCAAUGCAUAUUAAAGGAACAGUAAUGCUUAGAUAUGUUGCUCCGAUAUGACACAUAAUGCUAUAUAUAUAUUUCUAUAUGUAAAUGCAAAAGGCUCUGAAACCUGUUAUUUGAAGUCCUGCAUGCCCAUUCCUGAAGCACUGGGAGAAACGGGGUUUCCUGCAGCUAAGGCAGUGUUUGAGUUCACUUUAUAGAAUGUUACUUGUGGUUUGGCAUUCCAUGUGGCAUAAAUGCAAGUUGAUCUGUUUUUAAAGAAAUGUUGUGUUUCUUGUGUGUUAAAAGAGCAGUUUGUAACAAUCACACUGAUGGCUCUGCAGAUGUUGGAGAACAACUCCCACCAUCCCACCAACGGCCGAAGGACAACUGUGGUUUGUCCAUGCUUGCUACAGACUAUUUUAUGUAUCUUUUGUUCUGCUAUGUUUGGAAACUUUUAACUAUAUGUUUCAUUUGUACAACAAGACCGUUAAUAUAAACAUAUAUCAAUUUGAAGCUUUACUGUUCCAUUAAUGUGCAAAACUGCUAAGCUUUGUGGUCCCUAACAAAGUCUUUUCAGAAAAUAUUCCAAAAAUAUCUUAAGGGUUCUCUUGCCAACCCAGGCAUUAAAUACUUUAAAUCAUUUCUCUUUGAAAACGUGUUUUAAUUUCUGUAAUAAUUCUUCUGUGGUAGGAUAUCAGUGGUGCACCACAAUCUCCAUAAGCACUUCCUGCAGAACCUGUAAAGGCCUCUGUUAGCCUUUGUAACUACUGGCUAUACAACACCUCAGCCAAGACUGGACUGACCUACCAAAGGGCCAAGGGAUCUCAAAUUGGGACCUGGCCAUACUUGGCUUCUUUCUUGCAGAAUGCCCAUCAGCUCAUCCUUAUUUCAACUUUUGGCCAUUAUAAAAACCUAUACCUUCUGGUACUGUCUAUAUCUACCUGCUGUCAGAAUGGGCCCAGGGUGUCAGGUUCUCUGGUAGAACCUAGGAGACCCAGUCCAAAGCUGACUUUAUAUGACCCCUGCUUUAGUCCUUGGGAAUGUAACUUAAAACGUUUCCAUAUCUUAAAGCUUCCAUACAAAGGCAAACUUUAGGUUAUCCCAAUUGAUGCCUGCUGUUGGCACCCACGUGGGCAUUUCUGAACUUGGGGGGAACUUGAGGGAACUGCAGCCCCUCUCUCCCUGUAGGAUGAGACAUCAUAUAUAUUAAGUGAGAAGAGGAUUAUCAUUCUGCUCAGACUACCUAUGAUCUGGGGGGACUCACAGCAUACAGACAACCUCCCAAGAUGGUUAGACAGUAGGCCAGGAUCAGCCAUGAGUGUUUAACCAUGCUCAACUAUGGUAAUUGUGUUCAGAUACAAUGUACUAAGAUAUUCGUGUGAAAACAGAUAACUAAAUACAUUUUUGGUCUCACCACCCUCUUCUUUGCAAACACGUAAUUUUUAAAACAUAUACACUGCCAAAAAGAAAUUAGAGAGAAAAUUACCCAUAACUCUUCAUCUACCUCCAUCUUUACUUGGUCCAUAUGCACAGGUAACUGCCAAAGACAACCCCAACCUAAUAAUUGCUGCCAGAAUAAAGGAAACAGUUUUCCUCUCUGUAAUGUUCUCAAUGGAUUGUCCUUGAAUGAUGCUGCUUUCCCAUACUAGCCUGAUAUUAUCAGUCAGCCUAUUUAGUGUGCAUGUCUGUUUGCCUUGCAUUUCAAACCAAUGCACUGAAUCCAUUUCAAGUAAUACGUUUUCAUCCAGUUUCCCUUAAAUAUGCCAAUGUCCCCUUAGCUAUUUUUCCUUAUGAAGCAACCACAGAAGUUGAAGACUGGGCAGCUGGACUUGAUCAGCAUAUUUCUGCAUUACUCCAGGCAUAAUGGGUUGGUAUUUGCUUAAUGAACUCAGGAAUCAUACUUUAAGCGUUUGCUUUUUACAUGUUUCCCUUGUUUUGGUAGUCAAAUGUAACCUCAAUAUAUGGACUGGAAUUGCUAAUAUGCAGACAAAUGCACGUCUAAAGUACUGCACGUAUGGAUUUCCCUUAAAGGCGUAUAAAUAAAUUGUGCUUAUACUUUGGAGCAGUAAAGCACCAUGAAAACAA